AUGUCCACUCCGAAACCAAAAAAUGGGGACAAGUCGGAGGGAAGGAAGACCAAGGGUCAAGGACUAAAUGCAAUAAAAGGAUGCUGUUGCAAACGGUCGCAGUGCAUAAAGAACUACUGCGAUUGCUAUCAAUCCAUGGCUAUUUGUUCCAAAUUCUGUCGCUGCGUUGGCUGCCGGAACACGGAGGUUCGCAAGGCCGUGGACUCCACCACUGGGUCCAAGAAUUCGAGUGCCUCGAAAAGGGAAAAGGCGUCGGCCAUGAGUGCAAAAGCUGCAGCUGCUGCUGCCAAGGCGGUCAUCAAUGUCCAGAUGAAGGGUCUCCAGGCUGGCGGGACUGCAGCAGGAAAACCUGUGCCCACCAUACCUUUUGCCUUGGUGCCAAGCCAACAGCCGAUUCCGGUUCCCAUCGCCAUCACCAUUCCUCGUCCCCUGGCAACUAAUACUAUUCCAACCAGGGUAGUAAAGCCUCCGGUGGAGCCGGUACCCGUCGUGCCUCCCAUCAUUCCGGUCAGGCAGGAUGACUCACGGGAGCGCAACCUCUUUGUCCAGUCGGUCAAUGCUGCUCUGCUGGAAUGCAUGCUCAUCCAGGCCACCGAAGCCGAGCAGCUGGGAUUGGGUGAACUCCAAGUGGGCCAGUUGGUUCUCGCGGAAUUUAUGCGCGGCUACAAGGAGAUAUUGGAAAAAAUCUGUGAAUAUAAUAAGGAUUAUUUUUAA